UGUUAAAUUUUGAUUGAGAUGUUAUGCAUUAUAUAUUAAAUUAUUUCUAUAACUUCACUUUGGGGCCAUUCAUUAUAACUAUAGCACAUGCAACUUUCCAAUCAACCAUUAUAUACAGCAUCCAAAAUUGCAUUAUAUACACAUUCUCACACACAGCACUCAUUUGUGAAGAUCAUAAACUAAUACACACAACAAAAAUUAUUCUCAUGGAAGAAUGUGGAAGUACUGCAAUUGGGUUUCUUGAGAACAAGACCAUUUUGAUCACUGGUGCCACUGGGUUUCUAGCAAAGAUUUUGUUAGAGAAAAUACUGCGAAUUCAACCCAACGUGAAGAAACUCUAUCUAUUGCUAAGGGCGACUGAUGAAACUACAGCCAUGCAACGUUUCUGUAACGAGGUGAUGGGGAAGGAUUUGUUUAAAGUGUUGAAGGAGAAAUGGGGUGCAAACUUGGAUAGCUUUAUUUCAGAAAAAGUUAGUGUGGUUUCGAGUGAUAUUUCAGUAUCAGAUAUGGGAUUAAAGGAUUCAAUUUUGGUUGAAGAGAUAAAGCAUAAUGUACAAAUAAUCAUUAAUUUGGCUGCAACAACCAACUUCAAUGAAAGAUAUGAUGUAGCACUUGGCACCAAUACCUUGGGAGCUAAACAUGUUGUAGACUUUGCAAAGCAGUGCCCUAAUUUCAAACUUCUUGUUCAUGUAUCCACUGCAUAUAUCUCAGGAGAAAAAGAAGGUUUUAUCUUAGAAACCCCACAUAAAUUGGGAGAGUCUCUCAAUGGGACUGAAGGAUUAAACAUAGAAAUAGAACAAAAAAUAAUAGAACAAAGAUUGAAGCAACUUAAAGAUAAUGGAGCUUCUGAAAAAGAUGUAACAAUAGCUAUGAAAGAUUUGGGAAUCCAAAGGGCAAAUCAAUAUGGUUGGCCAAAUACAUACGUAUUUACCAAAGCAAUGGGUGAGAUGUUGAUCAAUGACCUAAAACACAAUCUACCUUUGAUUAUUAUACGACCCACCAUUAUUACAAGUACUUACAAAGAGCCUUUUUCGGGUUGGAUCGAAGGCACGAGGACCAUCGAUAGCUUAAUUGUUGGAUACGCAAAAGGAAAACUAACAUUUAUUCCUUGUGAUACCAAUUCAAUUAUUGAUGUGAUCCCGGCGGAUAUGGUAGUAAAUACAAUUAUCGCGACGAUGGUGAUGCAUAAACUUCAAUAUCGUCAAACAAUAAUAUAUCACGUUGGUUCUUCGACGAGAAAUCCUAUGAAAAUUGAUGAUCUACAACGUUUCAUUUGCAAAUACUUUACUGAAAAACCAUGGAUCAAUGGUGAUGGAAAUGCCAUCAAGGUUAAAAAAAUCACUGUCUUCAACAACUUGGCUAGCUUCCAUACAUACAUCACCAUUCGUUACUCGUUUUUUCUCAAGGUUAUGGAAUGGGUAAACAAAGCAUCAUUCCAUUCUUUCGAAGACAAAUAUAUCGAUCUCGAGAGAAAAUUAAAUUGGGUGAUGAGACAACUCCAAUUUUAUCGUCCAUAUCUCUUCUUCAAAGCCAGAUUUGAUGACACCAACUUAGAAAAACUGGGAAGGGCUACACAUGAGAAUGAAACCAAUAGAGACACACUAUUUUUUGACCCAAAGGAUAUCAAUUGGGAAAAUUACUUUCUCAAUGUCCACAUUCCUGGACUUGUUAAGUAUGUCCUCAAAUGAUGAGUAAUUUUACCACUUUCUACUUUCCUUUUCUCUCCUAUCAUACAAUUAAAUGUCAAUUUGUAAUCAACGGUAAUAAGGUAGAGAAUCGAACUAUCGAUUUGAGUUAUAAAAAUAAUUGGUUCCUUAUUUAAUUAAUUAAUGUUAUAAAAUUGAACAA